UGUGUGUGUGUGAAAAUUACACAUGUGAGCGGCGUGGAAAGCGGACCGAGUGGUGGCGGUUGUUGCCGGUGGCGGUUGUUGCCGGUGGCGGUGAGGUCCCUGGAACUUCUUUAGCUAUGUCUGAGUUUGCGACGUGGCAGUACUGCGGGGAGCUGGACGAAGGGUACAAGGCUGCGCUGGUUCAGUUUUCAAAUGGGAAACUCCAGAAUUCUGAAAAUGUGAAUUUUUCAUUAUAUAAGAGCAAAGACACCACUAACCCCAGGAAGAAGUUCAGAAGGAUACUGGCUGCUGAAACAGACAGACUUUCCUAUGUAGGAAACAACUUUGGUACUGGAGCACUGAAAUGUAACAAUUUAUGCAGGUACUUCGUUGGUGUUUUGAAUAAAGACUCUGGCCAAAUGGAAAUAUAUGAUGCUGAGUUGUUUAACAUGCAACCAGUGUUUUCAGAUGACUUGAAAGAUAGUGAAACAUCAGAAAAUCAGACCAGAUCUUAUAGAGAUCAGGUGGACUUCUGCAUCGAGGCCUUUGGGACCACCAAACAGAAGCGAGCUUUGAGCUCCAGAAGAAUGAACAAAGUUGGCAGUGAAACUUUAAACAAAGCAGUGGCCAAAGCAGCUGAAAAUAUCAUAGAUGAAAAGGGAGUUACUGCUCUUGUUAAUGAUGCGGCCCAGGAUGACCUACAAGAUGAAUCUGCAUACCUACCCCCGUGCCAUGCUGAUGGUGUCAAGCCAGAGGAAAUUUAUAAAUUUGAAGAUCUUCUUUCUCCUGAAGAAUAUAAAGCACUUCAGGUUCCUUCUGAAGUUCUAAAGAAUGUUACAUCUGAAGAAAUACUGAAAAUGAUGGAAGAGAACAGCUACUGUCCCUUUGUCAUAGAAGCCUUGAAGAACUUGCCCUUAGAUGAGGAGAAGCGGGACCAUAAGGCGCGAUGUCUGUGGUUUUUAAACAUCCUCAUCAAAUUCAGAUCCCAGACUGUGAUUAGGAAGAAGAAUUCACUGGGACCUGAUGUGCCACAUAUUAUCAAUACCAAACUCCUCAAGAACUUUACUAGUUUGACUUAUAAUAAUGGCAGUUUACGGAACUUAAUUUCUGAAUCAAUGAAAGCUAAAAUAACAGCCUAUGCAGUUGCAUUGGCUUUGCACAUUAAUGAUUUCCAGACUGACCUGACAAUGUUACAGAGAGACAUGAAACUCAGUGAAAAAAGGAUAAUUGAGAUUGCGAAAGCCAUGAGGUUGAAGAUUUCUAAAAAGAAGUUGUCUUUGGAAUCUGGAGGUGAAGAGGCCCACAAAAUAGGAAUUUUGUCCAUCCCCCUGCCAGCCAUACCACACACAAAAAGGACUUUAAAGGCACGAUGAGAAUUGGGGUUUCAGGGGACACUGCCAUAUCAAAGGGUAGAAGAAACCCUGGUCUGCCCCAGCUUGGCAUCUGUUUGCUGGUGCCGCUGUAUUUCUUUUUUUCAAGAAGCCAUUGCUUUUCUAGAUAGCCUUGCCUUGUGGAACCAGCUUAAAAAAAGUUUAAUUAAAUGAUGUCUUGAUUGGGUUUCAUUUUGCUCUUAUGAUUCACAUCUUAUUCAUAUCCUUUCCUUCGUAUUUUGACGUCCCGGUUUUCUGAGUGGGAGAUUUAGUGGAUGUCAGCUCGAUAACCCAUUCAAGGAAUGCCAUGAAAGAGCUACCUGUGGAAGCUAUGCUAUAAUCCAUCUUGUUUAUGGCGACUCCUUUGUUCCUGAUUCUCUGCUCCUUAUUUACCUCUUUUGCUUGCAAGCUUUGAAAUGUGCGGAUGAAAAAUCUCAAGUGAAUCUCGUUUUUAUGUUACUAAACUACAUGGAGGGGAAUGGUUUGUGACCGUGAAUAGAUAGCCUCAUCUUCCAUCUCAGGGACAGUAAUAAAGGGCACAUUAUUUUUCAGUGGAAAAAAUUUCUGAUGGACUUGUAGGGAAAAGAGUGCUUCUGAAAUCAAUGUUUUACUUUGAAAUUCUGAUGCAUUUGUCACCUUGAGGCCUAAUUUCAAGAAAUCAUUGAACCAAAACAUAAGACCAAGUCGCAACCUCUGGAAGAUGAAUGCUGACCCUUAUACCAGUUGGGAACCUGCUUUUCUCCAGUCACCCAUGAAAUGGGAGGUUGUUAACAGGGAAGAGAGAUUGUGAGAGGCAGGAGAAACUUCUCCCAGGUUAAGAUAGGUAUGCCUCAAUGAAAGAGAUAGAGUCCUAAAAGGUAACCUAAAGGCGAAUUUCUGAGUCAACUAGUUUGAGAGCAUCAGACAAAGGACAUGGUAAUCACUGAGAACCAACAUGGGUUCUAUAAUAACUAGACAUACCAAACUGACUUGAUUUCAUCUUCUGAUUUUUUUGUUAUUUAGUUAUUUUACAAUCAUGUCCGACUCUUCCAUGGUUUUCUUGACAGAGAUACUGGAGUGGUUUUCCAUUUUCUUCUCCAGCUCAUUUUAC